AUGGCAGCAGCGAUGUCUUCUUCUUGUUGCGCUUCGUCGCUUCGUCUAAUUCCAUUCAAACGGACCCUGAUUUCUUCCGUUCAUUAUCCGGCAAAAACCUUAUUUUUCCGGCCAAUUCCCUCAUUUCGUCGGACGAUCGUCACCUUCCAGAAAAUAUCAGCCGGAAUCGUUCCUCCGCUAUCUGCUUCAUCCUCUCCGUCGAGCUCCGAUGAUCUUCAACCCAUAGAAGAGCUUCCUCCGAAGCUACAAGAGAUCGUCAAGCUAUUCCAAUCGGUACAAGAGCCCAAGGCCAAGUACGAGCAGCUGCUCUUCUACGGGAAGAAUCUGAAGCCGCUCGAUUCCCGAUACAUGACGAGGGAGAACAAAGUAGAAGGAUGCGUUUCUCAGGUGUGGGUUAGGGCUUUCUUCGACGAGGAGCGCAACGUCGUGUACGAGGCCGAUUCCGAUUCGGUUCUCACCAAAGGGCUAGCUGCGCUUCUAGUCCAGGGCUUAUCUGGAAGACCCGUGCCUGAGAUUUUGAAGGUAAAACCUGAUUUCGCUGUUCUUCUCGGUCUCCAGCAGAGCCUGAGUCCUUCGAGAAACAAUGGGUUCCUUAAUAUGCUCAGGUUGAUGCAAAAGAAGGCUCUUUUCUUGGAAGUCAAAGCUGAGGAGGGUACAAGUUCCGAAGAAGCAAGUGUUCUUGAGGCGGAAUCAGACUCCAAACCUAGUUUAAUUGAGGAUUUGGGAACGGAAGAGAUUGAGGAUUCCGAUAGUGAGUCAAAUGUUGAUGCUUUAGGGAGUAGAGGGAUGAGGAUUAGAGAGAAAUUGGAGAAGGAGCUUAGUCCUGUUGAGUUAGAAGUUGAAGAUGUUUCAUACCAGCACGCAGGGCAUGCCGCUGUUAGAGGUAGUGCUGGUGGUGAUGGGGAAACGCAUUUCAACUUGAGAAUCGUUUCGGAUGGUUUCCAAGGUAAAAGCUUGGUGAAGAGACAUAGGAUGAUAUAUGACUUGUUGCAAGAGGAGUUGCAGAGCGGGUUACAUGCUCUCUCUAUUGUGGCUAAGACUCCGGCUGAGGUUUGA